UGGAGCUCCGCUGGGUCCCCGCGAGGCUGCGGUUGCCGUGGAAACGGCGGGAAGUAACAACCCGGCUCCCCAGGGCUGAGCGCGGCCCACAGAGGGAAGCAGGCGGUGGAGGGACGACCAGGUCGCCACGGUGCCAACAAGUCGCAGCCUCGAGGGUCCGCAGGAGGCGACCCGCGCCGCAAGGCCGCCGGGGCAGAGGCGGCGCCGGCCCGGUCCCCUGGGGAAGAUGAGCGGCCCGGGUGCCAGGUCCAGCCACCUGUCGCAGCCAGUGGUGAAGAGCGUGCUCGUGUACCGCAACGGGGACCCGUUCUUCGCGGGGCGCCGCGUGGUAAUCCACGAAAAGAAGGUGUCCAGCUUUGAUGUGUUCCUGAAGGAGGUGACGGGUGGCGUGCAGGCGCCCUUUGGGGCGGUCAGGAACAUCUACACGCCGCGCACCGGCCACCGCAUCCGCAAGUUGGACCAGAUCGAGAGCGGUGGCAACUACGUGGCCGGCGGCCAGGAGGCCUUCAAGAAGCUCAAUUACUUGGACAUAGGCGAUAUGAAGAAAAGACCAAUGGAAGUUGUUAGCACGGAGACUUUAUACUUUAGAAGGCAAGCUUGUUGAGAACGGGGAGGAGCUGGAGAAUGGACAGUUUUACGUGGCU